UUAUCAUAGUUUUUAUGAUUCUCUGCCCUAUCAGAAGUGAUUUUCAAGUUUAACUAAUUGCUCAAAUAGUGAUUUUAAAUUCCUAUUAGUGAUUUCAGCAAAAAAUUAGUAUUAUGUCACCUUGACAAUGAAUAUUUCAAGCUAAAUAUUCAGAACAAAAAUGUGCAAUUAAUUACUGUAUUUAUAUUACAUUACAAUAUAAUUGCAUCAAUCUGCAUUAUCCCUUCGUUUGGCAUGUAUCCUUUUGGAUACAUUGAUUUCAAAGAUCAAGUGAUCCAGUUUGAACCACUUUUAUGAGGUUCUGAAUGCGCAUGUGUCAAUUUCGAUACAUUGUCUGAUUGCUAGAACCAUCUAGCGGUCACUAAGAGAACUAUUCCGACUACAAUAUCAAAAUGGAGGACUGUCCACCCAAACCAGGUGUACAUAAGAGGGAACCACAGUACAGAGGACGCACGCAUAAAAUCGUCGAACUGGCUCAGCUCACCAAUGUGUUCAUUCCUGAUCCAGCUAUUUCCGAAGAGAGUGAUGUGGAGGAUAUUGGAGAAUUGCAAAAUCAAUUCCAGGACCAAGAUUCUGACAACAGUUCAGUUCCACCAUCAUUGACUUCAUCUGUACAAGAUUCAUUGGCUCAGUUGGAAGAAGAGGAUCAACAAGGUAAUGAUUUAUUAUCCAAACUCAAUAUUCAUGAUAUUUUGGAAGAGGAACCCUUCGAAAUAGUUCCUGACAACGUGCAAGCUUCAUCUAAUUCCAACCGUAACAGUAACUUUGGAAUGAAGCUCAACAAAAUAAUUGGGCCACAUGAUAAAAUUAUUGCAAAUGAAAAGCACCAGUCGAUAGAUGAAAUGAUGGCACCUUUCAAAGGAACACGUGCUGGAUCACGAAAACAAUACAUCAAAUCAAAGCCCCAUAAAUGGCGGUUUAAAAUAUUUGUUCGAUCAGGUGUUUCUGGAAUCGUCUAUGACUUCAUUGUUUAG